AAACAAACAACCCUAGCCUUCCUUCCGCCUCGCCCACGCGCGCCUCGCCUCCGCCGCUUUUCUCUCCGCCCCGCGGAAACAGACUCGCCGCCUCCCCUCCCCUCCCCUCCCAUUGCCGCCCCCUCGCCUGCCGAUGGCGCUGGAGACGCGGAAGCUGUACGUCGGCGGCCUCCCGCCGUCGGCGCAGCAGGACGAACUCAAAGACCACUUCAGCCGCUACGGCGACGUUCUUUGCGUCCGCGUCGUGCGGGACUGGGAGACUGGCCAAGGCCGUGGGUUUGCUUUCGUUGAGUUCGCAGAUGAGGAGGGCGCGCGCGCCGCGCUUCAGGAGAAGGAGAAGGCCAAUCACGUCUUUGGCGACCGCACGGUGGAUGUUAAGCGAGCUCGAACCAGGCCAAUGCGGUAUCAAAAUGAGCAACCAUUCUACCAGCGCCCUUCACAUCAGAGCCCAAUGCAAAGCCCAAUUCACAACCAGUGGUACACACAAUCUUCUAGUAACAAUUCAUAUGCUGGUAAUGGUCAUAGAAGCAAUGAUGCAAAGAAAGUCUUUGUUGGUGGGCUAAGAGGUAACAUUACUAAAGAGCACCUCCAGAGCUAUUUUGAGAAGUUUGGAAACAUAACAGAUGUUGUCGUGAUACGUGAGGGGGGUACUCAAAGAUCACGAGGUUUUGGAUUCAUUACAUUUGAUUCUGAUGAGGCUAUGUCAAAGGUGUUGGAAAGUAAAUACCAUGAUUUGAAUGGAACAAAAGUUGAAACUAAGGUUGCCAUUCCUAAGGAUCAUAGUUACUACCAGGAAAGACAACAAUAUAGUCCAAUGACAUGGGAUGGUAACUAUCCUCCUAUUGGUUAUACUGGAGUAUACCCACCUCACAUGCAAUAUAUUAUUAAUAAUCAUUAUAUGAUGCCUGUGCCGCAAUAUAUGUGUUCACCGUCUGGAGAAUAUGGUUACAUCAUGAAUGGCGGAGGCCCCGUAGUAAGGCAAGGUCCACUCUAUACAGGCUAUGUAACGCCAAUUGGAUAUGGAUAUGGUGCUCAAGUUGUGGAUGCUAAAAGUGAUAGCAAAAUGAUUCAAGACAUAACAGAGGAACAAGUGGACUUACCUUCUACCAAUAAUAUUUCCAAGCAAGAAUCUUUGGGCAUAGAUGACCAGGCUACUGUUACAACAUUGUAACGAUGGACAGCAACUUGUUAUCUUAGAACUCAGCAACUGUGAAGACUUGAUGAAAUUCUUUGGUUGACAAUACAUCCGUGGAAUUCCUCCACUUACCCUUGCUCCUUUUGGACCUUGUGUACAUUGCAGCCAGCAAUAGACCUUCUCGUACCAUGUUUAAACUCUUAUGUUACUGUCGUUCCAUUUUGCGGUGACAAAACUUGUUUCGGAAUCGGUCUGGGUUACACAUGUUAUCUGUGCGUGGUUAUCUGUUAAAA